CUGCUGAUGUUCAUCUGUCUAGGUUGUAAGUUAUUUCUUCCUGAAUAAACAUUUAUUCGGCCUAUUUGUUUAUCCUGAUCCUUAUUAAGGAUAUCUGGUGUCAGAAGUGUUCUGUGAUGUGCUCCUGAAUGAGGACAUGUCAUACACAAUGUCAUUGCCUUCCUCUGACCAUGGGUCAGCCGUGAGUCAGUGGCACGCCCGCUCCGUGUCCUCUGACCUCUCUCUUUCCUAUUUCUGCCUUCUUAGGCUCUGCAUCUUCCCGAAGGAACUAUAAAAAGAUGAGCGCGUACAAGGUAAGGAGAGCUUGCCAUUUUCGCCAUCAGAUCACGGAAGUCAUCCUCAGGCUGGAGACUGAAAGCUCUUGAGGGGCACAAGAUGGGGCAGGAGUCAAGGUGGUUACCUCCAGGCCUGAUGACCUGAGUUUGAUUUCCCAGGACCCACAUGGUGGACGCAGAGAACCGACCUCCACGGGUCAUUUGCUGUCUUUCACGUGAGCACUGUGUCACAUGCAUUCCCGUGUCUCACACACACACACACAGAGACACAUGCACGCACACACGCAUGCACACUCACACACACACUAAAUGAAUGAAUGUAAUUUUAAAAAUUGGAUGUAUAAAAGCACUUGAGGUCCUUAGGAGAUGCCUGUUUGUCCCUGUAAAUUUAACCCCUCCCUGCCUUUCCAGGGCCAUUGUGCCUUUAGUGGACAUUGGACCCUUUUCCUGGAAAGACACAAACAAAUAUCCACAUACCCCAAGUAGGGAAUCCAUGACAGACUCAGGGAACAAUACCACCCAAGUCCAAGUUGCUGAAUCUGAGUUUAUUGGUUUUCACUCCAAGAGCGAGAUAUGUCACAGUAAGGUCAGCCUGGAACUUUAUGUAUGACUUGCAGAUACCUCAGUAGGUAGAAGAGUUCCUCCUGGGAAACUCUGCUGAGCCAAGUCUCCUCAGCAGUCCUUACUGUUCAUAUAAUCCUGUAACCAGAGGGACUUUGUGCAUCUGCUCAGUUUCAGGGACUUCCUGAGACUUGUGAGUUGUUUAUUUCCAGAACCUAAAGGAGCCUUCUUUUAGAACUUCCUGGGUCUUUCCAAGCUUCCCCCAGGAUGGACUGUUUCAAUGUUGCUAACAGCAAUUGGUUGUAAGGUUGAGGUCAUUUGUGCUUAUCGUAGGAGACAGUGACAUUCAAGGAUGUGGCUGUGGCCUUCACUGAGGAGGAGCUGAAGCUGCUGGACUCCGCCCAGAGGAAGCUGUACCAAGAGGUGAUGGUGGAGAAUUUUAAGAACCUGCUCUCAGUAGGAAUUAACAAUCAGAGUGAGUUGAGGGCUGUCCAAGAUGGAAGGUCCCAUGAAGCCCUUUCCUGCUGGCAAAUCUGGCAACGCGUCAUGGACGACUUAACCAGGUGUCAAGACUCAGUGGUAGCUUCUACUCAGUUACAGGGCGAUUCCCCCUGCCAGGUCAGGCGCCGGUUAUCUGCUCACAUUUCUGAAGAUGAGAACUAUAUUCAGAGUCAAAAAGCAAAGGUUCCCAUUGAUACUGGAAGGCUCCCGCUUCCAACACUGAGAAGCCAGGGUUCUUGGCAGAAACAUUUCCUGACUGAGCCACAGCGACCUAAGAAUGGAUACCAACCCAUUUCCAUGAGCAGUGACUGGGAUGCUGGCUCUGCAAGUCGAAUUUCACAUUCCCCCAAUGACCACAGAGUACACAAAAGUAAGGAUUCUCCCCGUCCCAGUGGUUAUGGGAGAGAGAGCAUAAAGGCGGCAGCAUCCUUUGAUGAGGGUAGAACAACUCACACUGGACAGAAAAACGACAGGUAUAAAGAAGCCGUUACUGUUCUCUCUAGCUUUGCCCCUCGCCAACUGUCAGGCCGGGGACAGGGGUCUUGCGCAUGUGUCGAGUGUCGGAAAGACUCCCGUUGUAACACAGAUGGUUGCGUCGGCCAAGGAGCUCACAUGGGAGAAAGGCAUCAGGGACUCAGCCAUAACCCUCUUCCACACAACCAUACGAUAGCGAAGCCGUACGAAUGUGAGCGGUGCGGGAAAUUCUUCCGCUGCAGAUCAGCUCUUAAUGUGCAUUUUAAGGUCCACACCAGGGAGAGGCCGUACGCUUGCGAGGCGUGCGGGAGCGCCUUCAGUCAGGCCUCUCACCUUCAGGACCAUCAGAGACUCCACACCGGGGAGAAACCGUUCAAAUGUGAUGCAUGCGGCAAGAGCUUCAGUCGGAAUUCACACCUUCGGUCCCAUCAGAGGGUGCACACGGGAGAGAAGCCGUACAAAUGCGAGGAGUGUGGGAAGAGCUUCAUUUGUAGCUCAAAUCUUUACAUCCACCAGAGAGUCCACACGGGGGAAAAACCGUACAAGUGUGUGGACUGUGGGAAAGAAUUCAGUCGCCCUUCGAGUCUCCAGGCCCAUCAGGGCAUACACACCGGAGAGAAAUCCUACGUGUGUACUGUGUGCGGUAAAGGCUAUACCCUGAAUUCAAACCUCCAAGUCCACCUUCGAGUCCACACUGGGGAGAAGCCGUACAAAUGUGAUGCGUGUGGGAAGGUCUUCAGCCGCUCUUCACAACUACAGUCUCAUCAGAGGGUGCACACAGGGGAGAAACCUUACAAGUGUGAGGUCUGUGGUAAGAGCUUUGGUUGGCGGUCAAACCUUCUGAUUCAUCACAGAAUCCACAGCAGCGGUAGGGCUUCUAAGAGCACAAGAGACGGCAAAAACAUCAAGGAAUCUGUUCAGGAAAAACGUUCUCUUGCGGGACGGCGGCUCCCGGAGACCGGAAGUGAGGAGACGGGAAGCGGGAGCCCGGGAUUUCGUUUCCCACCCCGUCUCUUAGCCGCUCCAGUUUUCUCCCUUGGUGUAGUUAGUCGGAGGACAGUGCCGGGCCCUUUCCGCCGCUCUCCCCGCAUCCUUUCCCUAACGCAUCCUUUCUCCAAGCAACCGCAGGAAGGAGGCACUCGUCACACUUGUCGCCGCCCCAGGUACCGCGCCCACGACGCUUUCUCGUCGGGGUGCCCCUUCAAUUCAUCGGAGGCGGUGACAUUCAGGGAUGUGGCGCUGGUGUUUACUGCAGAAGAGCAGGGGUUGCUGGACCUCACACAGAGGAGGCUGUACCAAGACGUGAUGGUGGAGGUCUUCAAGAACCUGGUUGCCGUGGUCUCCGCCUCAUUUCUUCGAGUCACGGCCCCUCCCAAACCUGUGCCAUCAGGAGAGUGUGCCCGGCCUGCCCCCGUGGGGUGCCUUCCCCCCAGAGCAGAUAUGCUGUCCCUACUGGAAGCAGAAGAACGGCUUUGGCUGAAGGAAACAGAAGCCCAGAGAGGCAGCAGGAAUCGACGCCACACGGCGACUCUUGGGAGAACUGCACUAAAACGCCUUGCCCAGGGAGAGCUGUCUUGCUGGCACAUCUGGAGACAGGUUGCACGGAAGUCGACCAGGUGUCUUGAGAGGAGGCCUUGUCAACCACGGCAAGGUGAUUCCAUUCUGGCAUCUGACAAUCGGGGCAGUGCAAAGAGCCACAAAGGAGGUCGCUCCAGCUGCCUUGAACAGGAAAACUUUUCCACCUCAGGAACUCGGGAUCCUUGCCAAAAUGGGUCCCUGCAUGAUUCCCAGGACCGGAGCGGAAACGAGCCUGUCUGUGGGAAACGUGACCUGUGUGUGCUGGAAGAUGUGACGAGGAAGCCAUCGCCUUGUGAGCCGCUUAGGACCAGCAAGGAACAGAAAGCCUGCAGAGGUGAAGAAUGUGACAGACCAACUAAGGCCGGCGUUGCCCCGGAACUGCCCUUAGGAGGGGAACCCUUUGUGCAGAGUGAGCGUGGCCCGGGGCCGCCUACUCAUCAGACUGUCUGCGCAUCAGCGAGCAGCGCCAAUCAGCGCUCACACCCAGGCGAGGAAGUGGACAAACGCCACCCGUCUAGCGAUCACUUCAACAAGAGCCCCGUAGGUCCGCAUCAGGCCAGUUGCACAGAUGGAAAGCCCUGCGGACAUGAUGGUUGUGGGCAGAGAUGCGGCGGCGGCGGCCUCAACAUUCACCACAGACGCCGCCGCAAGGGAGAGAAACCCUACGUGUGCGAGACGUGUGGGAAGGGCUACAGUGAGCCCUCGAAGCUUCGCGUCCACCAUCGGGUCCACACCGGAGAGAAACCAUACAGGUGUGAAGAGUGUGGGAAGGUCUUCCGUUACGUUUCCAAUAUUAAUCGACACCUCUUAACACACGCCAAGGAGAAACCAUCGAAAGGUCCGCAGGAUGGGCAAGGCUUCAGCUGGAAGGCAGAUCUUCACCAGAGAGUGCUCUCGGAAAAGAAGCGCUACACGUGUAAAGGGUGUGGCCAGAGCUUUAGCCAGCCCGGCGAAUACCGGGCUCAUCAGCGGGCUCACGCCGGGGAGAAGCCGCACAAAUGUGAGGUGUGCGGGAAGGGCUUCAGCCGGCCCUUUGGCCUCCAUUGCCAUCACCGAGUCCACACCGGGGAGAAGCCGUACCGGUGUCCCGAGUGCGGGAAGACGUUCAGGUACAGCUCUCAGUUUAUCUACCACCAGAGGGGCCACACCGGGGAGAAGCCGUACCGGUGUCCCGAGUGCGGGAAGGGCUUCGGCAGGAGCAUGGACCUGCGCCACCACCGCCGGAUGCACACGGGCGAGAAGCCUCACAAGUGUAAGGAGUGUGGGAAGGCCUUCAGCCUCCCGUCCAACCUGCGAGUCCACCUGAGUGUUCACGUCCAGGAGAAGCUCUUUAAGUGUGAGGAGUGUGGGAAGAGCUUCAGCCAGCGCUCGCGCCUUCAAGCCCACCAGAGGCUUCACACCGGAGAAAAGCCGUACCGGUGUGAGACGUGUGGGAAGGGCUUCAGCCGGUCCUCCGCCCUCCAUUACCACCACAGGGUCCACGCCGGGAAGACGCCGUACAAGUGCGAGGUGUGUGGUAAGGGCUUCAUAUACAGCUCUCAGUUUACCUACCACCGGCGAAGCCACACUGGCGACAAAGCUCACAGAUGUCAGGCGUGCGGGAAGUGCUUUGACAGCGGCACGGAACUCCAGGACCACCAGAGGAUGCACACGGGAGAGAAGCCUCACAAAUGUGAGGAGUGCGGGAAGAGCUUCUGCUUCCCCUCAAAGCUCCGGCUCCACCUCAGUAUCCAUGACAGGGAGAAGCUCUUCAAGUGUGACAUUUGUGGGAAGGGCUUCAAGCAGAACUCGAGUCUUCAAAUACACCAGAGUGUCCACACUGGAGAAAAGCCGCACAAAUGCGGCGUGUGUGGGAAAGGCUUCGACUACCGUUCCCGCCUCCGAACCCAUAAGAAAACCCACACCCAGAGCGAGCAGCAGAGUGGGGGCGGUGACGCGUGACUGUGAAGCCAGCCUUUGGGAGGCAGGCCCCGGCGGGAGGAUGACAGGUUUGUGGCCAGCCUCGGCUCCAAAGCAUACUUUUUGUUUUGUGGAAUUGUCCGUCUUCGAGUUUCCCAGGAGUGCAUCCCAGAGCUCAUCUCUAAAAGACCAUUACAAGCAGGAACAGACUUCUACAGACUCGAGACCUAGCAUUCCUUAAAACUAUAAUACACCGGAGUGGUAACACCUAGGACUCGUCCUUCAGGAAGAAAGACAGGCGGCGGCAAUCGCCUUUCCACGCUGAGCCAUCUCACCAGCCCCGGCCCAUCCGGCCAGCAACCGUCUUUCAGUGGACUGUGCCAAAAGAAAUGGCACCAGGUAAACUGAUACUUGCCCAAUGCUGACUUAGCUCUCUAUACUUACUUUACAGUGGGCAUUAUUUUACUAAAGCCUAAAGGUGUGGAAAGUAAAACUCCGGACUAAACACUUCCUGUAGCCGUGGACUUACCCUGUGGGUUUUUUGUUUGUUUGUUUGUUUGUUUUUCUUUUCAUGCAGUGAAAUAGGCGGUGCCCACAAUGCAUCUCUGACCACCAAAGGUAAAUUGAUGCCGGCUGGAACUGUAUGUAAGGAGCUGUCCAUUGUAUCACGGGUUGGCUUUACAGUGGGUUUCAUAGUUGGAACUUGCUGCUUUGCGGCCCAGUGGUGCAACCAUCGAGAGAGAAAAGGCAGCAUUAGCUAUGACCACUGCAAGUUGCUCAAAAUGUGUUACCCUGGAAAACUGUGAAAGUUAGAUGUGUGUUUUCAGAGAAGAAAAUGGGGCUGGAAAAGAUGUUUCCGUGGGUAAAAGAGCUUGCCGGACACACGUGGGAAUCCGACAAGUUUGAAUCCCCAGUGCCCAUGUAAAAAGCUGGGUUUGGCCGUGCAGGUCCAUAAUCCUAGUGUUGUGGGAAGUGGAGACAGGAGGGUUAUUGGGACUUCCUGCCAGACCACGUCUCUAGGCAGCAGGGGCAGUGUGACAGAGGAAGAAGACACCUAAAUCAUCCUCCAGCCUCCAGAGACACGCACAUGGACAUACAUACCUGUUCAUGUAUGAGAAACACAGCAUACACUACACACGCAAACUACAGAUGUGGGGCUGGAGAGGUGCUCAGUGGUGUGUGUGUGCUCUUCUUUCAGAGUUUGUUACCUGCACCCACAUCUAGUGGCUCACAGGCACAGACGUGUGCAUGCUCAAUUUAAAGGUGAAUCAUUUUUAAAAGAUACAGAUGUGAAGGCAUAGUUGCCUCUAGUGAGAUUUUAAUCAUGUGUGUACAUUAAACUUUUUAGAAACCUAGGUUUUAGAAAACCUAUAAAAUUAUGUAGAAUUUUAUACCGUUAACCCAGAUUCAACAGUUGUUAAAUUAUCGAGUCGUCAUCCUCUCCAGAUACAUGAAUUUGUGCACACUCAAAAUACUGACACCUACGUACACAACUUUUCAGGCGUCUUUUCUCUUAUGUCGAAUACUUAAGUGUGUUUCCCUUAAGCAGCUGUAAUUAUAAUAUUCAACCAAGCCUGUUAUUGAUGUACAGCACUAUACAAUGGAAAGAGCUCAUUUAAAAAUAUGUCACCAAUCGGCCCGGCUGGUACAAUGUAGUGUGUCCCAACUUUGAGCAGCCUCGCUGGGUGUCUUUGUUCUGAACCUCCCUGUUGUAUCUAGCAGGUAUGGGUUCACACAGGUCGGUGGAAAGAAGACGGAGAGGCACUCUAAGGGUGAUUUUUUUAGCCUUUCCAGCUGUAGGGGGAUCAGCCUAUGACUGACUCACUCACUGCCGCUUUGAUAUUGUAGAGUAUUAUUUUAAGGUGCGUUGCUUUUGUCUGUACUGUGGAACACUUGUUUAGCUCUGUGGAACAUUUGUAUUAAAGAUGUAUCG